CAGCGCACUCCUCGCUGGCACAGGAGCAGCGGCGGGAACCUCGCGCCGCUUGGGCUACACGCGAGCCUGUCGCUGACCUUGGUGCUGAAAGCACUUCACUCCCCUGUAAAGCCACUGAACUGUCACUUUCCCCGAAAGGUGACCGUGCGAGACGAGGAUCAAGAACAAUUUAUUUACUCACUUUUUUUUCUAAUCCGAUCUCGUUUUUAACUCGUCGUUUUAACGUGUGCGUAAAUGUGUUUAUUCUAAUCGGAGAUGGCAGAGCAUUCCUUCAUCGCACGUGGGGCGGUUUAUGAGUUUAUAAUGACAAGUAGACAGGGCCAGACCACUUUUGAUAUUUGUCUUGUGUAGGCGUUUUUUCUUCGCUGUGAACACCUUGGUGAAUUUUCCUGAUACGUUUUACUGAAUCAUUGAUCCGCUGGGUAUCGGUCCGGUAUGUUCUACCAUCUCGCACUGUGACAUGGUUCUUUAACGUAAACGGGAAAAAACGAAGGAUUAUUACAUUUGGUCAUGGAUACUCCGAGGGAGCCUGGUUUUACGCCCAGCAAAGAGGGGCUGAAACAACUAACAGGAAAGGUACUGGGGCACGUGCACAAGGUGUUAGAAAAGCGACAAAAAACUGGCGACAACAUUGAACUAACCGAAGAUGGACGGCCUGCCCAGACCAAAGAGAGAAAGACACCUCUGUGCGACUGCACGUGCUUUGGACUUCCGCGCCGCUACAUCAUCGCCAUAAUGAGCGGCCUCGGGUUCUGCAUCUCUUUCGGUAUCCGGUGCAAUUUAGGCGUGGCCAUAGUGAGCAUGGUUAACAACAGCACCAUUCACCUGAACGGAAAGAUAAUCAUCAAAGAGAAAGCAAAGUUUAACUGGGACCCUGAAACAGUGGGAAUGAUUCAUGGCUCGUUUUUCUGGGGCUAUAUUGUGACGCAAAUUCCUGGGGGAUACAUUUGCUCUAGACUGGCAGCGAACAGGGUCUUUGGGGCUGCUAUUCUCCUCACGUCCAUACUGAAUAUGUUCAUCCCCUCAGCUGCACGGAGUCACUAUGGCUGCGUCAUAUUCGUCAGGAUAUUUCAAGGGCUUGUAGAGGGUGUAACCUACCCAGCAUGCCAUGGCAUCUGGAGUAAGUGGGCCCCUCCACUGGAAAGAAGCCGGCUGGCAACAACCUCCUUCUGUGGGUCAUAUGCAGGUGCUGUCAUUGCCAUGCCUCUUGCUGGGAUCCUGGUGCAGUAUACUGGCUGGUCAUCUGUUUUCUAUGUCUAUGGCUGCUUUGGAAUUCUGUGGUAUAUGUUCUGGAUCUUGGUGUCAUAUGAGAGUCCAGCUGAACACCCCACCAUCACAGAUGAAGAACGCUGCUACAUUGAGGAGAGCAUUGGAGAGAGCGCUAAGCUGCUGGGUCCUGCAGAAAAAUUCAAGACACCUUGGAGGCAAUUUUUCACAUCCAUGCCCGUCUAUGCAAUCAUUGUUGCCAACUUCUGCAGGAGUUGGACCUUCUACUUGCUGCUCAUCAGCCAGCCUGCAUACUUCGAGGAGGUGUUUGGCUUUGAGAUUAGCAAGGUUGGCAUGCUGUCAGCCCUGCCCCAUCUGGUGAUGACCAUUAUUGUGCCCAUUGGAGGACAGCUAGCUGAUUACCUUCGCUGUAGAAACAUCCUGUCUACCACCACAGUUCGGAAGAUCAUGAACUGUGGAGGCUUUGGGAUGGAGGCCACACUGUUGUUGAUUGUGGGUUACUCCCACAGUAGAGGGGUCGCCAUUUCAUUCCUUGUGUUAGCUGUUGGCUUCAGUGGGUUUGCAAUAUCAGGUUUUAAUGUCAAUCACUUAGACAUCGCUCCUCGAUAUGCCAGUAUCCUCAUGGGAAUCUCUAAUGGAGUGGGAACUCUGUCAGGAAUGGUGUGCCCUCUUAUUGUGGGAGCUAUGACCAAACACAAGACCCGAGAAGAGUGGCAGUAUGUGUUUCUUAUCGCUUCUCUGGUGCAUUAUGGUGGUGUAAUCUUCUAUGGCCUCUUUGCCUCGGGGGAGAAACAGCCAUGGGCGGAUCCAGAGUAGACCAGCGAGGAGAAGUGUGGCUUCAUCGAUGAAGAUGAGCUGGCUGAGGAAACAGGGGACAUCACCCAGAGCUAUGGUGCCCUGGGAGGUCCGGCCAAGACCUACGGUGCCACCUCACAGUUGAAUGGCGGAUGGGCGGAAGGAUGGGAUAAACGUGAGGAGUAUGUACAGGAGGGGGUGGAAGAAGGAGGUUAUGGAUACAGGCAGGGUGGAAAUUACUCUUAGAAUACACGCACAGUCAACUGCACACACCUGUACAAGAACAUAAACGUACAGUGGCCACAAGAAGGUAUUUGGACAACUUAGCCACAUUAACAAUAGUUAACAAACAAUUAAAUGAAGUGACAUCUACACACAAUUGAUGCAUGAGCUUUUCUCAGAGCAAACUUCCAAUUUCACAAAGACCUGACAAAGUAACUGGUGCAUUUGUAAAUGUGACUUGAGUGUCCAUAUACUUUUAGGGCAACUGUACAUAAAAAUGUAUGCCCACACUGUCGAUUUUGUAGACGUUUGUGAGUUCUUAAAAAAGAUUACAGAUUAACAUAUAAAACGACUACAAAUGUUAUAUGUUUGCACAAAUCUAAAUGAUCAAUUUAAUUGAGUAAAACAUAAAGGAUAAAUUAUACAUACAAAUUGGCAGACUGUAAAUGUUCUAUGUAUUAAGAAGAGUGACUUUAUUUCAAGUGCAAUCAUGUGUAAUGUUGUGAAAACCCCAUUAUUCUGAGCCUUCGAAACACAGAAGCCUGUAGAGUUAGUCAGGCUACUGGCUUCCAGAACCAAGGCUUAAAGGGAUAGUUCACCCAAAACUGAAAAUUCUGUCAUCUUUUUACUCACCUUUCUUUUUUCUGAUGAACACAGAGAAGAAUGCUUAUAACCAGACAUAUGUUGCCCCCCAUUGACUGCAUAGCAGGAAAAAUACAAUGGUUUUGAACAACUCGAAGGUGAGUAAAUGAUGACAGAAUUUUCAUUUUUUGGGUGAAGUAUCCCUUUAAUGAACCUGUCUGGAGUUAUCCAUGGAGAAAUACUGCUGUAGAGAAUCCUAACCAAGCAACUGGUUUUCACGGUCUCUUUUUUUCUGAUUGCACUGAGCGUCAUUUAACAGCACAACAAAGUGGGUUUGUGUAUACCUCAUGGUGUGUUACUCAUCGUAUAUAAAAUAUUUAUGAGAGAUUAAAGAGUACUUUAAUGUCUUUGACACUGGAGAGAUAAAGCACAGUUUUUUUAGAUGAUGAACAAAAAGCAACAAAAGUGUUUCUCUAGCUCAGCACGUCAUGUAGUUUUAUUAUGUAAUUCGGAAGGUGCGGUUCAAUGUCGUGUUCGCUCAACAAGACUGCAUUGCUGAUAAGGCUUGAGAUGGGUAUAAAAGACACAAUAAUUGAAAACAUUUGGAAAUUUUUAGCUGAAAGUUAAGAGCUACACAAAGCACAGUGUGUCAAGGUUAAAACGACUCUUUAAUUUCAUUUUUUACUCACAUGUUCACUCCAUGCUAUUUUGACAUCUGUGAAUGUUGGUUAUGCAUGGGUCAAAACUGCUUUUGUUUCUGCAAAAGUUGUGGUUGUACCUGUCGAGAUUCUUUUAGUUUAAACUGUUACUGAUGUGUCAAUUCCUUUGCACAAUUAACCAAAGGUAACCUGUACUGUGGGAUUUUAGCUGGAAUAGUGGACAGUUUCCGUUAAGAAGACAUGGAAAACCCUGUUAAAGGGGCUGUUAAAGUCCUUGCAGCAGGUGGUAACCAUAUUCAAUGUACAAAGCAAUAAAUCUAUGGUAACAGUUACUAGUCAGUUCAUUCAAAAAAAUACACAUUAGCACAUUUACAUGUAAUAUUUUUUUGGUUUAAGUGUUUUUGUGAUGACAAUUUAAAAAAAGUUAAACAAAUACUUACUGUUAAAAAUAUAUAUAUAAAAUAUAUUUAGAUUUAGCAAGAGCCCAGUGCAACUCUCUUUAAUGUGAAGAGCUUGUUUGUGCUGGGCCCACUCACCAGAAGAGAAUGAUUCUUAAGUGUCACCUGCAACUGGUACCUGUGUGAAACGCCAAGGUUCUCAGAUCUGCAGGUGGCCGCACCUCUGUUGUAGUUGUCCUGUAUGGUUGCCAGUGGUUGCUUUUUGGGAGUAUGUUAUUGUCAGAUAUAUUUUCUGUUAAUCCUCUCUUUUGUACAUCCCUCUUGUUUCUGGUCUGUGUUUUGUCUGUGGCUACAGAACUGCUCCCUUUCUCCCCUCUACUCCUUGCAUUUUCCUACUACAUCUUGCAAUAUUCGGUGACACGAGGAUUGUGUGUAAAGGUAUUCAAAAAUCUUCAAAAAUGACAGUAAUUUGCCUGAUGAUUUUGAGGUACCUUAUUCUCGUUCCCUGCCUAUGAGUGAAGUGUGAUUAUAUGGCUUCUUUUGCUGUGUUACUGUAAAUGGAGAGGUAUGUUGAUGUGAAAUUGAAAUGCUCUAUAUAACCUUUUUAUAUAAAAAAUAACAAAAUCGUAU